AGCGCACCAACAGCUCGGUAAUGCACUUCUUGGUCAGAUAAACCUCCCCUUGCACCUCUGUCACUGCGUCUAUUAGUUCUUUUCUCUCGGCUAACAGAAUCAUCAGACCUGUCCUUUUGGAGUGCGCAAUUCAAUUUGGGAUUUUCACCUUUCCUCUCUGAUUUGGAAAAGUUUGCAUCAGUUUUCCAGGGACUGUUCAGCUUUACAUCAUGGGGAGACCCUGUAACCGAGAGCUGGCGCUCCUGCCGCUGCUGGGAUACUUGGCUUGCUUGACAGUCGGUCACACUCGCGCGGACGUUUCUUCGCUAGGACGAGUAUUCUUAUUGGAGUUACAAAGUGCUUCAAAAGGUGGACAAGACGCUGGAUUCGAGGCAGCAACAAAUGCCUGUAUCGCUCAAGGGGCCCGGGUGGCAUCUGGGGCCGACUUGCAUCAUGCAGUGUUGGAAUGUGCUUUAUCAGCCUGCUCGCGUGGUUGGCUCUCUGGACCAAGCAUUGGGACCACGGUGUGCAGUCAAGUCGCGGGGAGUUUGAUUUCUGUUGACGUGCAGCUGGAGAAUGUAACCGGGGACAAUGAGAGACUGGGCGUGUUCUGUGUGAAAGAUAGCGAUGCUCCAUGUGGACAGCCACCUUCAUUACCAAAUUCACAUCUGCAGGGUAAAACUGGACUAGACAUAGGGGAUGAACUCCUGUAUGCCUGUAAUCCCGGAUACAAACUCCCCAAUGGAGAGACAGCCUUCAGCCUGCUUUGUGACAGUUGUGGAGAAUGGUACGGCCUGGUACAGCAUUGUGUCAUAGAUGACCAUCUCUUUGAGAAUCCAGGGGAGGUUCAUCAGGUUUCUUUUAUUCCAGGAGGAGCAGAGACUACUGAUCAUAAAGAAGAGGAAUCCACUCCUGAACCAAAGUAUGAGCGGACAGCCAUGUCAGAGGAGGAGGAGAUUGAAGAGGAUUCUACAGUAUCAGUGACUGAACCUCCAGUGUCUCUGCUCAGUCAGAAGCAUAUGUUCUGGUUCCCUUCAGAGGCCUUCCAGGAUGAGAAUAAGCCUCCUGUUAUCACCCCAGAUUAUUCUGUCAAAAGCCCCACCACAGACCAGAAUCACAGCCAACCGGAGCCUGACCUCAUUAUAGAAGAAUAUGACCCUAACCCUGACCCUGAUUAUGACAAUGCGACAGAUCAUCCCACUAAUGUGCCCAUCAGUCCAAGUGUUGGCAGCACGGCGGACUCCUGGCUUGAUGGAUACCUUGUUUACCAGGGAGAAGAUAAAACUGGUGGCAAGUCUACAGGAGAGGCAGGACCAGAACAUGGACUGGAGACGGACAGCAUGACUGACCAUUCGGAAGUGGAGGUGUUUAAGGAUACAACCAAAAGUCCAAUGGAAGCGGAGAUUGGGGGUUUGACUGACCACACAGAGGAGGAAGAUAUUGAAGGAUUUGCCAACAAUCCCAAGGACACAAAGUAUGAAGGCAAGAUCCACAGGAAAGGAGAGGAGGAUGAGCUUAGCAAAGGGACAACUAGACCGGAUAAUGAGGAAUCUGUUGGAGUAAAAGAGGAUCCAGUGGUAGCACAUUAUGGGGAAGCCACCGAGAAGGAUGAAAUAGGGAAAGAGAUGCCCAUACCAGAGGUAACGGAGUCUGAAGGAGAGAUUGAUGGAUUUGAAGAGUUAGGAUUUGACGGUGUUACUGAAAGCCCAAAUGCUGUGGAGGUUGAACCCACCACCUUUGUCAGUGGUACUAAGAUAACAACUAGUACGGACGAUAUUGCUCUACACAAGCUGCCCAUUGCGUACACACCAGCAUCUGCUCCGGAGAAUGUGAGCACUAGCCAAGAGGGUUUAGGACCUGAACACACAGCUACACCUUCAGGGAUGGUAUUUCUCUAUGUUACACCUGGUUUCACUGAUGAUUUCAUUACCCAGGCUACACCCAUCAUUGAGGUUUCUUGGGAAACCAAUGACAAUGGCCACUUUCUGGAACAUGACCCCAACCAUGGCACGACAGAAAUCCCUGAAAAUAGUGAGCUGGAAAGAGGCAGAGAUCACAGCCUGGACCAACAAGAACGGGCCAGGGAAGGUACUUGUGUGGAAGAUCCGUGUCAUGUAUCCGGCCGUGGACCAAUGAUUGCAGCUAUUAUCGUUGGCAUAGUAGCAGCAUUGGUAGGUGUGUUCUUGGGGGUAUGUUGUUACAAAAAGUGGCUACAAAAGAGCUCCCACUACCAACUCAAUGGAACUAACAGGCAAACACAGUGCAUUGAAUUACAACAGACUGUGUGAUAGCCAUGCACAUCCUCACAAACCCACACAGCUUACACAAACAUCAAUAAAAAGCCAUUUAUGUGUGAACAUUACAGUCUACAUCCACAUUAACACAAAAAUCGUCUUUGCGUUCAACACUCCUUCACCACACAAUGUUGUUGGAUAGGAUUGUUUAGUGCUUAUGUAGGUAAUGUUUCUGUUUUUUCAUGUUUUCUUUUUCAUUGUAUUUUCAGUGUAUUGUGUUGAUGAUAAUUGGCACCUCAUAAUCUCUAAGUUAGGUGUGAUGGAUCUAAAUGUCUUUUGUUAUUUUGGAUGGACUGCAUUGGACUGCGAGUCAGUGCAUUUGCGUGCACAGUGCCCGUAUAUGUCCUUGUUAAUUGAUUAGUACAUGUUUUUUAGCUUUGUCCAUUUGUGAGUGAAUGUGCGUAAGGCGUUUGAUUGAUUGUGACUGUCUAUGCGUAUGUGUGUGUGUAUGUGAGUAUGAAAGAGAGAGAAAGAGAGAAAAAGAGAUUGUGGUUGAACAUAGCAUUCUGUGCAUGAUAUUGAAAGUUUCUAACUCUCAUAGACAGGUGAGACAUUCUGGUCAGAGGAACUGAGGGUGAUUUCUGAUUGGCUCACAUUUGUGCCUAGAGCUUGCAGAAUAAAUAGCUUUUUCAUUCCUAAAUUUAGAAUAAAAUGAUCAUUUGUUUGUUUAAAGCAUUUUUUCCAAUAAAUUGGUUCAGUUUCUUGAGAUUGGGCUCAGGACUCUGUGCAUGCUAUUGAAAGAAUCUAACUCUCAGACAGGUGAGACAUUCUGGUCAGAAGAACUGAGGGUGGAUUCUUAUUGGCUUUCAACAGAUAUAGAGCUUGUUGAAUGUGUAGCUGUCACUCACCAAUUUAGAAUGCCAUGAGCAUUUGUUAAUUUUCUUUAAGGCCAUACCCACACUAAUCUGUUUUCGUUUGAAAUUUUGAUUUAGCUAUGUUUACGCCUCUCAUCCACACUGGAACAGGGUUUUCCUCCACUGAAAAUAGAGACUUUCGAAAACUCUCUCUAGUGCUUUGGAAAACAAUGACAUUAGGAAACUGAAAAUGGAGGUUUCAAACUUAAAUGGAUUAGUGUGGACGUGGUCUAAAAGAUCAUGUUAGCAUUGAAGUAUACUAAGAUUUAAAGGAAAUUUAAGAAAAGGUCAUAAAUGAAUAUUUUAUAUGUCUUCAAGCCAAAAUUAAACUCCUCACUGAGGUUUCAAAUAAAACGUAGAUUAAUGCAUUAUUAUACUUUCCCCCAGGGCUGGAUCUAGGAGGGUGCAGGGGUGGCAUUCCUAUGCCCCCACCCCAAGCGCAAGUGAAGCAAAGGGUCGAAUUGUAUCAUAAUGGCAAUAACCCUAACAACAUGUGCUGGAACUAAAGACACCUGUCAAUACCCCUCCGUUAUAUGUUAUUGCCCCCCUAAUGUAACCAUUCUAGAUCCGGGCCUGCUUUCCCCCAAAUGUUUCCUCGAUGUUAAAAACAAAAUUUUUGUCCCUGAAAGUAAUGAUCUUCAAUCGUUAAUAACCUCAAAUUAAAUUUAUAAGGGAUAUUUAUAUCAGAUGUGUAUUAUAAAGUUAAAAAAUAUUAUUUUAAAGAUUCUUUCGACAUUUUAGAACCAGUUAAUUAAAACAAAACAGAAACCACAGUGAAUCUGCAAUAACUAUUGUCAGUGUUUAAUUAAAGCUGUAAUCAAUUAUGUUUAUUGGGGGAGGGGGUCCAAGUGGUCAAUAAAUUAAAUAAAAUGCUAAUAUGUUUUUGUUUUGCUAUACAUUUCUAUUGUGAUUUUAGUUUAUAAAAGAUCUACUGAAGUAUAGUACGGUUAUUUGUUUAUUCAACGUGUUGUUAUUAACAUAGUCUAGAGGAUCAAUAGAGUGUCUUAUAUUCGAUUAUAAAUUAAAAAGAAAAGUAAGAGUGGAGUGAAGUAUAUUUUCUUUCUAGAACUGUGCAGCUGAUGUUAUAUGAGCUUUAUUUUUUAUUGUAGAAUAUACACAGUGUGUUCUCUGACAUAACUCUCUGUUAAGGUUAGUAUGGUCUUAUUUACUUACAAAUCAAUACUCAGAUCAUAACAGAAUAUCAAAAUUGUGGCAUAGGACAUAAUUUCAUGUCACUGAAAAUUUCUGGUGUGUCAUUUCUAGUAGAUUUGAUGCUAAUAAUUUUGAAGCAUUAAAAGUUUAGAUAAAGAAAUCAGUUUCAGUUGGCUUUUGUGUUGGUCGAUGCUAUUAGGUGAUUUUGAUUGUUUUUAAGCUUUGGGAAUUUUAUUUGAAGUGUUAGGAAAACCAGCCCAAAUGAAUGCUUUUCAACUUGAAGUAUCAAAUACUGUAGAUACUUCAUUACCAUUGUGGGGCACUUGCAGCAAUUGGAACUAUUUGCACUGAAAUCUUAUCAAAGUCAUUUUUCUGAAUUGUAAAAGUGUUUCACUGUGAUAUGAAGUUGUCUCUGAAUACAGUUCUUGAGUGAAUAAGUAAAAUGUAGUCAUCUUUGAUCUAUUCAUCUAUGAUCUGUUCAUUUGCAUUAAAAGUUAAAACUGCUUGGUAAUAUCACCCAUUACACUGUAACAAUGUCAGUUACAGUAAAUGUGACAUGAGGGUAUCCGAGUAAACAUAGCUGUGGAAAACUAACUGAACAUUAACAAAUAAAUUAC